UUUAAAAUUUUUAGUAAAGAGUUGUGUACCUUUGUAUGUAAUUGGCCACAAAAGGAAUUAAUUAAUCAUAUGUUGAAAUCAGAGCUCACACACAUUCCAAGACAUGUCAUUAUGGAAAAUGGUUUACAUGUGGUGGUCAUACAGUAACAUAGUCUAGGGCAUAUUGAACAGGUAAAAAGUACAGUAAAGACAGCACCUGGACUAUGAAGUAACAAUUGUGACAUUGUGUUUAUAGAUAUUGAUUUGUUUAACAGUGUCAAAUUUGAUACAACUCUGUGUGAAACAGUUAUAUUGAUUGGCUGUUGCUGCAGAUGAUACACAAUGUAAUACUCUGUGGUAAUGAUAGAAUGGUUACUGAUGGGAUAAACUUCUGUUUAAACAAAAAUGGAUAAUUAUUUGUUUAUUUUUCUUAAUUGAAUGAAAACCAAAAGUGGAAAACAGUGGGGAACUGAUGGCACACUCCAUCGAUACAAAUUCAGGUACAAUAUAGACAGAGAUGAACAAACAUGUUGUGACUGUAUGAUGGGGAUGAAGUUGAAGAAAUCCAUGUGUUAUGUUGUUGUUUGUUUUAUCAGUGUUCUUCUAAUUUGUUAUAAUUUUCUACAAUGUGAUAAAAAGCCAAAUAUGAUCAUGGUCCCGUCAGAACAUGAGAAAUAUGUCUAUACCCAACAAGGAAAGGCAAUCGAAUAUGGCAGGGAAAGUCCUUUAAUCUUUAUUGGUGGGAUGCCGAGAAGUGGUACAACUCUAAUGAGGGCUAUGAUAGAUGCCCAUCCAGAUGUACGCUGUGGAGAAGAAACACGCAUUGUUCCAAGAAUACUUGGAAUGCGAGCUCAAUGGUAUAAAUCAGAAACUGAAAAAAGACGGUUACAAGAAGCAGGAAUUUCAGAUUUUGUAAUUGAUUCUGCUAUUUCAGCUUUUGUGUUAGAAGUGAUAGCAAAGCAUGGUGAAGCAGCUCCAAGAUUGUGUAAUAAAGAUCCAUUUACUCUGAAAUCCAGUGUCUACUUAAAAAAAAUAUUCCCAAAUUCAAAGUUCUUGUUUAUGAUACGUGAUGGACGGGCAACAGUACAUUCUAUCAUCUCACGUAGGAUAACCAUUACAGGGUUUGAUUUAACAAGUUAUAGAAAUUGUCUGUCGAAGUGGAACCGCGCCAUGGAGUCAAUGUAUGCUCAAUGUUUACAUGUAGGGGCUAGACACUGUUUACCUGUGUAUUAUGAACAGUUGACAUUGCACCCUGAAUUGUGGAUGAAAAGAAUUCUAAGAUUUUUAGAAAUUCCAUGGAAUGAUACAGUUCUUCAUCAUGAAGAUUAUAUUGGAAAAGAGAUCUCACUAUCUAAGACAGAAAAGUCAUCUGACCAGGUAAUACGUCCAGUAAAUAUUGAUGCGAUGGCCAAGUGGGUAGGACAUUUACCAGCAGACGUUAUCAAGGACAUGGCUACCAUUGCUCCAAUGUUGAGAAUUCUUGGCUAUGAUCCGGAGUCCAAUCCACCAAACUAUGGAGCCCCAGACCCUCAUGUGGCAGACAAUACAAUGCACAUGCAUCAAAAUGAGGGUUUCUGGAGGAAAAAAGAAGAAGAAUUAUUAAAAUCUGAACAAAAACAAAGAAAAAGACAUACAGAAAAAAGUUGAUGAAAAUUGUACAAAUGUGGUUCCAGUUGUCAUUUAUGUUAAACCUAUAUUGUAUUUGUGAUUUUGUGAGAAAAAAGCUGUGGUAUUGCGGUUUUGGUAACAUGAAGGGUUUGGGGUCUUUUAGGGUAAAUCUCUUGUUUAAAUUGUGUACAUAGUGUCACCAAAAAGAUAAUAUUUUUUACAAUCAAAUGAGAUAUGCCAAAAAAUCCGCAAAUGAAAGUGUAUCUGAGAUGUAUAGUUUAUGUCAAAACAAGUGUAAUACAAGGCUUACCCAUAGGUAUAAUUUACAAAUAACUUCUACUUAGGAAUCAUGAAAUGUCCCUUUUGGAAUCUGGUUCACACUUCAAAAGGAAUACUUAUCACCUAAGAUCUAUAAACUUCAUGAACUUAUGAGGAGCAAUUUAAUCAAAAAGGGACCUUACCAGAAUAACUAACACAGUUUCUCCUCAAGGUAGCCAUUUGUUAACCUUCAUGACCUUGAAAAUGCAUGUACAUGUCGUUGUCUGAAUUACACAUUUAAAGUACUCAUGUACCUGUACAAAUUAAACAUAUACCUGGAACCUGGUAUUAUAAGAGAUUACUUAUUUUGUUAUAAGAUCUACAGCCAAUCGCAUUGAGUGUGUAGGUAAAGGUUAUAUCUUUGGUUAGAUUGUUUGCUAGCUGAACUGUGAGGUCGUUAUAAGGUUAGGUAUACUACUCUCCUUUCGAAGUAAACUAGUCCUACAGACAGAUAGAUUGGUUAGCUAUAGGGCUAGUCUACUCUAAGGAGGAUAGUUUACUUAACCUAAUAAUUACUUCAUGGUUCACCUAGAAAACAAGCUAACCAAAGAUAUAACUUUUACCUACACACUCAAUGAGAUUGUCCAUAAAUAUUUAAAAAAAACAAGACUCUUUCUAAGGUUGAGCUCAAGAACAAACUUAUUGUAUCAGUGAUGAAUAGAUAUUUGACUUUUUCUAUGAAGGUUGAGCUAAAGAACCAAAAUAUAUAUUUUUUUUUGUGUUUUGUUUCACUGAUAAAAAAAUAUUGUUUGUAUUUGUAAAACUUAUUAACUUAUAUUAUAAUAUGUGAGGGUAAUUUACAUGUGGCUUAUUCGCUUAAUAUCUUCAACUUAUUUAAAUCUAGUGGGUGUUUUAAAGUCUGCCAAUCAGUCAGUCCUGUAUUCCUAAAUCCAACAGCUGCCAGAAUUUUUAUUUCUCAUGUUAUUGAGCUGAAUUUUGAUUGAUAUCUACCAAUUAUGAUCAAUUAUUGUCCUUUGAAUUUAACAACAUGUGGGGUUAUCUGUUUUGUCCCUUAUCAUAUAGUUUCAAAUAUUUAAUACAAAUUUGGUUCUAAUCUGUUUUUCAUCCCAAAAUUUUUUAUCAAACAGCAACAGUUUAUAAUGGGAUAUUUUUAUUUUUAGAUUUUUUUGCGAACAAAUUUUAUGAGUUAUGAUGUGACCUAAAGGUCCAAAUAUAAUUUAAUUAGAAGAAGAAAAAAUAAAAUAAAUGCUUUUAUUUGAAUUGUAGUAGAUUUUAAAAUGCAUGAAUGUUGUUGUUGUUCAGCUGUAUUAAUUGUGGAAAAUUCAACAAUAUUAGUAAAUAUUUUAUGAAUAUAAAACUCACUUUGAGGAAGAACAUAUUGCAAGAACUCUGUUAUCUAAAAAUUUAACUGAAACAAGAUUUUUUUUUUAAAUGUUGGAAUAAAUAAAUUCAAUAAUGGGAUUUAUUUCCAUGAAGCUAUAUGACCACAUUUAUAAUAAUUUUGAUAUAAAAUCUAUUUAAAUAUCAUCACAGUUUAAAAAUAUCAGCAUGCUACCAAGGUGCAAUAAGGCCCUGGGGGUCACAUAAUACAUGUUGUGAGGUUGUUAAAAUUGAUGAAUACUUGAUCAUUUUCAAUUAUUUACUUUAAUCAUUAGAUCAUCAUUAAACUCUUGGACAUGUGGUCAAUGACAAUUAUCUUUAUAUAAGCUGCAUUUGGAUAGAAAUUGACCUUAUGCUAAUCAAUAUCAAAACAUCUGUUAACCUAUUUUAGGUUUAAAAUCACUACUGAAAGUCUAACUGUUUGAAAAUGGAGUUCUUAGUAUAAGAACUCUAUAAAAAAGGACAAAAAUUAAUCAAAGUCUUAAACAUGUUAACAUAAGCACUUAUAUAAGGUUAAUUUCUAUCCGAUAGUGCUUAUAUGUGAAGCGUUCGUUAUUUUAAUGUUCAUGGUUUUGUUAUAUAACAAUAUUCAGUGGUAUUGAAAUUAUCUAUUGUUUUGUUGUACUCAGUCCUGCCAUUGUUACUGUUUGUGUAUACUAUUACUUACCUUACUAUACUUACUGCAAUUCUUACUUAUCAUUCUUUUCAGUCCCAUUUAGGGGCAUUAUGUUUUUGGGUCUAUUGGACUGUUUGUUUGUCCAACUGUCCCGUUCAGUUACAGGUUCAAGUUUUUGGUCAAGGUAGUUUUUGAGGGAGUUGAAGUCCAAUCAAUUUGAAACUUACUACACAUGUUUUCUAUGAUAUGAUCUUUCUAAUUUUCUAAUUUUAAUCCCAAAUUAGAGUCAUGACCCUAAUUUCACAGUCCACUAAACUGUGCAGGUUGGGCAUCCCUGUACUAUGGACACAUUCUUUUUUAAAUUGUUCACCAAAACUUCUCAAAUGUCUGUGAUUCAUCAAUAAUUUCUAUAAGACAUGGAUAAGGCCAAAGCCCUGACAAGAUGCAUGUACCAAGAUAAAGUUGAACGAGUGUGUCAUGGGUGAGGUCAGCAUGUUUACAAAUUGUAGAAAUGAGAUGUUAUUCGUCUUGAUCAUCAUCAUUUUUCAUCAUCUGUCUUUAGAUCAAGUUGUGUCAUUGUUUUCAUGUAUGAUUCUAAUGCAAUUAUUUUGUAACAAUUGUUCUGAUUGGAUGACAGCAAGCGUAAAAUUCUCUAUCUCCUUGUCUGUAACUAAGGAAGCCGACAUUUGAAUUUCGGAAUAUAUUGACAUGUUAUUUCUACAAUAAUAAACAAAAAACUCACUUGUUGCGCCUAAAAAUCUUCUUUUUAUCAAAUUUUAUUACAUUCUGAAGCGGCACAGAAGCCAGAAAACACCCGGUGUUAAUGUUUGACGCCGGAAGCAUACCUAUGACGUCACCUAGUGUAGGGACCAAAGAAGAUAACAUUUUUUCGCGGAAUUUUCUUUUAUGAAGAUUUUACACUGAAAUAAUAAUUGAAAUUUAAUUAUAAACUUGUUUUGCAUUAGAAUAGAGAUAACUGUAUUGUAUUUGAAGCUUUUCGGACGUCCAUCGGUAGUUUUACUGUCGCAAAUACCCGUUUACCUGUCUCCGCUCUGCGUCGCCAGGUAAACUAAAUUUGCGACAGUAAAACUACCGAUGGACGUCCUUAAAGCUUCAAAGACAAUACAGUUAUCUCUUAAUUGGUAGCUACGGUCAUUUCAUUUGUUGUCUAAUUUUCAUGCAUAAAUUAUAUCCCCUCCAUUGAAUUAUUAUCCAAUUGCAUUCAACAAACACAGAUGUGUAUUUGGGAAAUAUUUCUCCUCUCAGGUUAUUUUUUAUUUAGACCAAAACAUUUUUUUGAAUAUACAAAUAUGAUAACAUAAGUUUGUUUUGCAAUUCAAUGUGGAUAAUAUUCUUUUAUAACAUCAAAUGUCAAAUUUCAUAGAUUCAUUAUUUCAUUUUCUAUGAGACAAGACCUGGUAAAGUAAUGGUUGUAUGCCACUUUACGAGAAAUGGAUGACAUGUGAUCAUUUUAUUCAUUCAUCUUUUUAUUUUUUUUACAAAAUAAGAUCUGAUUUAAUCAUGGUUGUGUUAAACUUGAUGAGAAAUGGAUGACAGCUUAGGUUUGCUCAAGACAAAUUUUCUUAUUUUUGUAUAAUUUGUAGUGUAAUAGAAUGAAAGUAUACUGUGUAUUCAUGUAUUUUGAUAAGUACUAACCAAUGGAUUGAGUUAGAAUUCUAUUAUGGUAGAUACAAUGUUUUUGACAAAAUUAUAUGUACUCUUUAGAAAAAUUUUAUUUCAUGGAAUGCCAAAGUUAGUGGUAUAUAACCCACUAUAUCCAUGAAAAUUACUACGCAUGAAUAUAGAUAGUAAAAAUACUUAUUAUGAAUCCAGAGUAGUUAAGAAAUUGCUUUAAAAUAUUUCAAGCUUUGUGCCAAAAAGAGAUCUAGUCAGAAAUUUUGUCUCGUGUGGUUUCAAAGUUAAAUAAAGAGAUAGUUUAAAGGUACUCUGAUGACAGUCUUGACUGUUUUCAGUGAUGGCGAUGUAGAAAUAUUUAAACUUUUGUCAUCCAAAGAUAGUUACUGUAAAUUCAGAAAUUAUUGUGGAGUUUUUAAUUUUGUGAAAAAUGUGACAGGGUUACAAUUGCAAUAAUUUAAACUUGCAAUUUGAAAUUAUUUAUAUGAAUCAAACAGGAUUUUUCUCAAUUUGCAAAGAUUAAAAUCGCAUUCUUGUUUAAGGUGGUAUCUUACACUACAGGGAGAUAACUCUGUAAAAUCAGCUAAACGUUUUUUAACGUGUGAUGUUAAGGGAAUAUAAAGCUUCUCAAUGAUCAAAAUAGGUGUUUGUCAAAGUGUAAUUUUUCUGAUAAAAUGGUUGGUUCAAAUUUUUUCAAAGUUUUAUAUUUUUGUCAAAGGUUCAAAGUAAAUACUUUAUUAAAAUUUUAUAAAACUUGAACAAGCCAAAUUCAUUUUAGUUAAAGUGUUGGGUACCACCUUAAAAUGACAAAAUCACCAUUAUAAGUGCAUGCAAUAAUUUCUCAAUUUACAGUGAUAAGAUGUGAUGUGAUUGUCAAUUAGGCAACUCUUCACUCGAUAUUUAGUAUGCUAUGAAAUAAGUGGCGGAUCAAGAACUUUUCAUAAGGGGGGCCCAGUGACUGACCUAAGGGGGGCCCGCUCCAGUCAUGCUUCAGUGAUUCCCUAUAUAAUCAACCAAAUUUUUCCAACAAAAGGAGGCCCAGGCCCCCACCCCCUGGAUCUGCCUAUUGAAAUACAUGCUGAUCAUGAGAUUAAAAUCAUCCCCAUAACUUCAGUCAUGCUCUAUUUACUUUGUUAUAACAGUAUUGUGUUCAUUUGAGUUUUUAGAUUAAGGAUCAAAAUGGUAGUCCAACAAUGUUGUAAUGCUUAUGAGAUUAAGGGUAGUCCUUAAAAUUAUUAUCUAAAUUGUACUCAUAAGCUUUACAUGACAUAAGAUGUUUUGUAAUAAACUGGUACACAUUGUACAGUGUAACCGGCCUCAUCCAACACCUGUGUAUUCCAACAUCCUGAUUAAAGGAGGUAGACCUAGGUUAAAGGAAAUAACUCUUAAAAUCAUCAGUACGUUUGUGUCAACCAUCAUCAUAAAUAUAUUCUAAGCUUCUAUUUUACAUAGAUUAUUUUCAAUCUGUUUCAGAUAAAUGCUUAAAAUACGUUGAUGAAACUUGACAUUUACAAACACAUUAAUGAUUUAAAGAGUUAUCUCCCUGAACCAAGUGUGUGGGAUAACACAGGUUGCACUGUACCUAGGAACAGUUUUUAGUUUAGUAUUUUGUACAAGCUUUAUGUCUCUUAAGAAUUUUAGUCAGCUGGUAUCAAACUAAUUUUUUUCAUGACAUGAAAUCUAUAUGGAAUAAAAUUAUUGAUAUUUGUUUAUAUGUUUUAUUGUAUAUUGAGAAAUUUAUGAACACAUGUGAAUGCAUGUUAAUCGUUAAAUAGUUGUAAACACCUGUGUUACGAUAUGUGUGUGGAUGCACUCAGAAAAUUCUGAAUAUAACCGAGAAUACAUACCUGCCAACUGUCACCAUUUGCUGGGAAUUUCCCCAUGGAGGCUCCUAAAUGGAAAUUUUGAAAGAGCAAUUUUGUCCACAAUUUUAAACAAAACAAUUAAUUUUACAAUGCCUAAAGGCUUAUAAAAGUAUGAAGAAGCCCAAAAAACAACAUACAAAUUCAUUUGAAGACCCCCUUGAAGCUUUUUGAGAAUUACAAGAGCCAUCUUGCAUAUAAAACCCCCAUGGACAUUUUGAAAAGUUGGCAGGUAUGAGAAUAUUUUGAAAAUGGAAACGACGUAUCUGACGGAUAUAUGGGAAUAAGUAAGGUUUGCAUGGAGUGGAAACAGUCUGUCUCCCUAUAUGAUAAAAAUUCUAAAUUAGAAAUAUUAUACUAUUUUAUCAAUAUUUGUAUUGAUUAUCUUGCUGAUAUCAUAUUUUAUAAAAGAUAAAACCUAUAGCAUGCUGUAUUUGUACUUAUUUAACUUUAAAAGAAAUUUCCUUUCCUUUACAUGAUGUCUUAGAUUUUUAAAAUUGAUAUCUUAGAUUUUUUAAAUUGAUAUCUUAGAUUUUUUAAAUUGAUAUCUUAGAUUUUUUAAAUUGAUAUCUUAGAUUUUUAAAAUUGAUAUCUUAAAUCUUUAUAUAUAUCUACUGAAAAUAGCAGGAGUCUGAUUCACAAGAAAAAUUUUAUGAUUAAGAUUGAUCGUAACUCAUGAACAAAUCAGUAAAUUUAUGAUAAAUCUUAGCCCUAAGUAUUUUUGAGAAACCGACUUCAGAUGUCUUAUAAACCUUGCUUUGAGACAUAAAAAGGACAUGGUAUGCCAUGAAAGCCACUUUAUUCUUUUCUAUGGUAUCAAUCUUUGUUAUCUCCUCUUGACCACCAUGCUUUAUUUAGAUACUUUUCACACAAAAGUGUGUUGUGGGGCCAAUUGUUUUGUAAAAGCUAAAAGGGGAAUAACUUAAAAUUAUUAGUAGUGGAUUUUCCAUUCCUAACUACUCUCAUUCUUAUGAAACAAUUAUAUAAGUUACUUAGAAGCUCAUAUUAUUUUUUAGUAAAUGGUUUAUACAAACACAUCAGUGAUUUUAUGUUUUACCCCUUUGCUUAGAAGUGAAAUAUAUACUUUCAUUAUCAUUUUAUAGUUUUUGUCAGCAAAUCAUUAAACAUAUUUAUCUCCCUUUGAUAUCAGGGUUAAUAACACCUCUGUCCUUUUCUUUCUAAGUUUACAUGCAUAUUAUUUGUUCAUUACAAAGAGAAAGGUCUGUAUAAUCCUUGUACUCUGAUAUAUAUUGUUAUAUACAAUUUAAUUGUGAUCAAAAAAAUAAAUUAUAUAUUUCUUGA